UAUUAAAUUAUACGGCCUUUAUUCUUCGCUGCCGGCCAACCUAACAACCUUUUACUUUUUUUAAAACUUGAAUUGAAGGUUUUUUUCUGAGCCUGGAAAGUUGUUAGCCUUUAUAACAAUGGCUGGUGUAUUUUGAUAAAAAAUCACUUCAGUGAAAAUAAACAAACCGCACGCCAAGGUAACCCAAUUAUAUGAGACACAAAUAACUGAUAAACAGUAACACCAUGGAUGGGAUUCUCUCCAUCGAGUCUGAUCUUAAAGUUGGGAUUAAGUGCAAAGACAUUAAGCUUAAUAAGCCAGAUGUUGGAGUGAGUAAGACUGAAUUGACUCCCGACCCAGUUGGAGUUACCUACAAGCUGCGGGACAUCAACAAGGAGCUGGUUGCUGCGUGGACAAAAGAGUUUAAAGGAUACGAAAGAGUGAUUAUUUCCGAAGGAGACAUAUUCAAAAAUGCUCCAGCAGCCGAUGCCAUUGUGUCACCAGCUAACAGUUUUGGUUUCAUGGAUGGGGGAAUAGAUAUGGCACUUUCAAGGCAUUUUGGAUGGCAACUAAUGAAUCGACUUCAGGAGAUGAUCAGAACAGAAAAGGAAGGAGAACUGUUAGUGGGAGAUGCACUGAUUGUCCCAACUUGCCAGCAGUUCUGGGGUAAAUCAGAUCGUAAUUCCUGCUGGGAGGCCUUCAACCAAGGUACCCCAAUCAAGUUCCUCAUCUCAGCACCUACCAUGAGGGUACCAGAAGACGUCUCUAGUAGUAACAACUCAUACUUAGCAUUCAGAGCUAUUAUUCUGGCAGUCCAAAAACAUAACUCGAGGCCUGACUCAAUUCCUAUACGAAGUGUUCUCUGCUCUGGCCUGGCAACGUCAGUGGGUUGUAUGCCGCCAACAAAAUGUGCAAAACAGAUGAAAUGUGCUUAUGAUAUUUAUGAACAGAAGUCUCGAGAUGAUCUAAGAAACCCAGACAGUCUAGGAAUAGUUUGGGAUCAUCACAGAUUUAUGCAAUCCUCAACUGAGUUUGGUGAAUUUGUCUAUCAUGAGGACAGCUGAUGGGAAAGCCAGUAAUGAUGUGUAGACUUGCCACACACAGCAUUUAUGAUAAAUCAAGACUCGAUUUGACUCAUACACAGCACGCCCAUGAUGGAAGGUGUUUGUGGUCAUGUAAACUGAACUAGAGUUUGCUUUUUAUCUGACUGUGUGCAAUGAACAAGACUGUGCUUACCACCCGGACAAGGGUUUGCUUUCUGCCAGCAGUUGAUCUGAUGAGGCACCGAUCAGGUUGCAUCUUGCAGGGAUGAAGUCUUUAAAUCAAACAUCGCAAUAAAAAAACUCCACAAAGACAUGAAAGACAAUGAAAAUGGACAACCCUUGAUCCAUGAGGAUGUGGGGCAAUGGAGAAUAUGGAUGCUAUUAACAACAAGUGAUGGAAUGAACUUUCUAAAUGUGGAGAUUGUGGUUUAAGUGCUACCAGGAAAUUAGCUUAAUUGCUCUUUUUUAUAAGUUGCAUUAUUGGUUGUAUUUGAACAAUGUUGUAGGCUCAGAUCUACAUAAGGUCGGAGCCUACAACCUUGUUUCAAAUGGGACAAUCUGUAGCCAUAAAACGUCCUUCAAACAGAUAUUUGAAGAAUUCUUCAAAUAUCACAUGAAGAUAAUGGAAUUUGGAAUUUUUUGAAGAAUGGAAAAUAAAAGAAGGCAUUAUAGUAAGGGAUAGUAAAUAGGAGCAACAAUGUAGUUUAGAACAAAUUGUUUUGAAGAAUUGGUGAUACCUUCACUGUUUUUUUCCAGUCAUGCAAGGAUUUGUUUCAAAGGCAAAAUAAAUCAUGUCAUCAAUUUAUUUUUAAUUCCUCAAAAUGAGCUCCCUCUACAGGGUGUAUGUGCCCUCAUCUUGUGGUUGAGGACAUGACAUGUUUAACUGGUUGAGUUAAUGCUUCCAAUAGUCCACAGUUAUUCCAACCACAUCAAUCAUGUACAAGGAGAUGUAAAAGUAGCAUGUAGAUUCUUCCCAGUUGGUACAAGUUUAAAAAAAGGAAGGGAAAACAAAUGUACAUGUAACUGUUUCAUUUUCUCAAAAAAGAAGAAAAACAAACAGAAAACAAAGUUUAUAAAGGGGGUACAAGCCUAAAACUUGUUAACCAUGCAUGUAUCUCUGAUUAAUAAUGGCAUGGUAUCACAAGUAUUUUCUAGUGUGCAAUACUUGCUGUAAAGUCCACUGACCUAUUCUGUCAAUACGCCUCUCUUAAUAUUUAUGCAUGAGUACGUCACAAUUCUAAGCCAAAGCGAGGCCAUAGGCGCAGCCACUGCAAGUGGUGGCGGACGUGCGCCUAUAGCCUCAUUUUGGGUAAGGAUUAUGACGUCAAGCAUGAAUAUUAAGAGAGGUGUAUAAAGAGACAUACCGCUCAGUUCAAGACAACGUGGCUGUCUCGAGAAGACCCUUGCAAGUUAAAUACAUGUACAGGUGUACAUGUAGGAUCACUUGUAAUACCAAGAGCUUGAUGUUUCUUAUAACGGGUCUGGCUACUUUUUGUAACACAACACACAAUGUCGUCAGAAAACUAUUUUCUGGGGCAGCUUUCUACCAUCAUUAUCUUCAAACUGUGUAAGAUAAAUGUAAAUCUGUGGACAAAGAGUGUCCAAAUCCUUUAAGGCUAGAUUUGUCAAAAAUACAUUUUAAGCUGAUAUGAACUGAUGUUAAGUAUAGUCAAAAUGAUUGUCAAAACUUGUCAACAUCAGUCUCAUUACUUGUUGGGGGGGGGGGGGG